CAUGAGUCUAUCCUACUGAAAAUCCCGCGCCUCGGGAGAGCCUUUACCUGUUUCAUGUCCCGUUCGGGAUGACUUUCAUGGUGUGACGCUCGCAUUAUGGCCUCGGGCCUGUUCAGCUACUCCGCUCCGUUGCGCCGCAACCUCGCUUGUCUUUCAAAAGAGCGCAUUGCGCUAUCAGAUAUGGUGUCUUUCGGCCCUCCUGAGCGGCUUAGGGCCGGUGUCAGGUUCUUUUCGAAGUCUCGCCCUUCUUACAAUAAUAACCAAAAGCAGAACUCGUCGACCAAAAGCUCUUUUGGAUCCCGACUACGUUUUGCUCUACGAAAUACCAAGGUCGAAUGGUAUCCAAUUCCGGUUGGGUUGGGAAUUGGUCUACUAGGUAUACUGCAUUAUUACAAGUCUCAGCGGAAUGAACGAAUACGACAAGAAAGGGAAGCUGAAGCUGCUGGGGAAUCCUUUGAUUUCUCGAAACCACCCCCGCGGCCAAAGAUCCGACCUAGCGGGCCAUGGCAAGUUCAGAUUAUGUCAACCCUGCCAUUGAAGGCAAUGUCUCGAUUAUGGGGGCGGUUCAAUGAAAUAGAACUUCCCUACUAUUUGCGCGUGCCGGGAUUCAAGCUAUACUCUUGGAUUUUCGGCGUCAACCUUGACGAAGUGGCCGAGCCCGAUCUUCACGUAUAUCCAAAUCUGGCAGCCUUUUUCUAUCGCAAAUUGAAGCCUGGAGUCCGUCCAUUAGACCCAGACCCGCAUGCUAUUCUUUCUCCCUCCGAUGGGCGUAUCCUUCAGUUCGGACUCAUAGAGCGAGGGGAAGUGGAACAGGUUAAAGGCGUGACCUAUAGCUUAGAUGCGCUCUUAGGUUCCGCCACUCCAUCUCAGGCAGAUCAUUCCAAGAAGUUUAUGGAUCAUCACAACGAGCCCUCGCAAAAGGAUGCCGCCAGUAUUGCGGCUGAUGAACAGUUUGCUACCAUGAACGGCAUUUCUUACACUUUGCCAUCUCUCUUUUCUGGGGAGACCGGAGGUCUAAGGAAACGCUCAUCGUCUAAAGAUGCGUCCACUGAAUCCCAAAUAACGUCCGAAACUCUGGUGCGAGAAGACCUUGCCCGUGGCGAUGGCACCCCUUGGUAUGCUCCAAAACCUACGUCUAAUAAUGCUCUCUAUUACGUGGUCAUUUACCUCGCACCUGGUGAUUAUCAUCGGUUCCACUCCCCUGUUCCUUGGGUCGUUGAGAGCCGUCGGCAUUUUGCAGGGGAGUUAUUCUCUGUGUCGCCGUAUCUACAGCGACAUCUGCCUGGCCUUUUCACUCUCAACGAGCGGGUUGUGCUUUUGGGCCGGUGGCGCUGGGGAUUCUUCAGCUAUACACCAGUGGGGGCCACAAAUGUAGGCUCGAUCAAAAUCAACUUCGACUCCGAGCUUCGAACGAAUAGCCUUCUCACCGACACUGCGGCGGAUAUUGCUGCUGCGGAAGCUGCACGACGUGGCGAACAAUACCCUGGCUUUGCUGAGGCUACUUACCUUCACGCCAGUCGGACACUCGGGGGCCACCCCCUUCAACGAGGUGAGGAGAUGGGUGGAUUCCAGUUGGGAAGCUCUAUUGUACUGGUCUUCGAGGCUCCCAUGGGCACCCGCAAGUCAUUCGAUGCCGGCUGGAAAGAGGGCCAGCGAGACGGUGGGUUGAAUUGGACGAUUGAGAAGGGCCAGCGCAUUAAGAUGGGUCAGAAGGUUGCAUACGUUGAUAUCAAGGAAUAG